AAUCUUUUGGUUCGGUUCUGUUUGCUGCCCCGAGAGCAAGCCACCAACCCAAAAAGUUGUCUUCGCUACGAGAUAAUCGAUCGGCAUGGAUUCGCGAAAUCUUCCUUGGUCUUUGUAUUCGGUACCAUUCGCACGGUGUACCAACAGCCGCGAUCCUGAAGCUUCGUGUACUUGUAAACUAAAUUCGCGCUCUCUUCGUUUUCAGGCUGCCAACUCAACUUGCUCGCCACAAAAUAACUCUGUUUUGUUCCGGCAAAGCAUCUCGUCGGCAGUUCUAAAUACUGAAAUUUCGGCACUCCAACUUAAAGAUGGCCCCGCCCGACGACUACGGAGACGACGAGCGCGACACUUCCUCUCCUGACGAGGAGACGCCCUUGAUAAACAACUCUGCAAGCCCGAUAAACGAAAGGAACAAGUCAUCCAACAAGGGUGGCGGACGUUCCAACGAUUCUACGAUGCCUCGGUCACCGUCAUCGCCCAUAACCUCCACUUUAUUUUGGACUGUUUUCAUCGUCACAUUGGGAAGCUCGUUGCAAUUUGGAUACGGCACGGGUGUCAUGAACAACACCGAAAGCGUUAUACGGGCAUAUUUCGAAAAUGAACUCAAUCAAGAGUAUACGCUAUUACAAUGGAGUUUUACCGUCUCUAGCUACGGUAUAGGUGGACUGAUCGGCGCUCUACUCGGCCCUAAAGUAUUCGGCCGAUUCUGCGGACGCCGCACCACCUUGUUGAUCAAUAACUGUUUUCUGCUAUCAUCCUCCUACAUGAUUGUUGUGGCACCAGUUUGGUGGUACCAGGCUGUUGGACGAGUGCUGGUAGGGAUCGUUGCAGGAAUUGCAACGGCUGUGGUUCCGACCUACCUAUCCGAAAUUUCCCCUGUCGCCAUUCGGGGUGGUAUCGGGACAACGCACCAGUUGGGCAUCACGGUCGGUAUUUUACUGUCACAAGCCCUAUCAACGCCCAGCCUCAAUCUCUUCGGCUCCGAAAGCAUGUGGCAAUGGCUGUUUGCUGUUCCUCUCUUCUGCGGAUUGCUACAGUGUGUCGUGUUGCCGCUUUGCCCGGAAUCGCCCAGUUAUCUCUACCAACAUCAGGGUAAGGAGGCGGCUCGAGCCGCUAUUGUAAGAUUCCAGAGCGAAGAGGUAGCGGACGAGUAUCUGGCUUACAUACAAGAAGAGGACAACGAAGGCAACCAUACAUUAACGGUCAUCCAGCUUAUACUGGAUCGCUCGUUGCGUAAGCAGCUCAUUGUAGGUGUCAUGGUUCAGCUAAUGAUGCAGUUUUCGGGUAUCGACGCCGUGUUUUACUAUUCCAGUUCAGUCUUCCGGCAAGCCGACGUGGCCGAUCCCGAGCUUGCCACGACCUGUCUCGGUAUCGUCAACGUCUUCGUCACCAUUUUUGCCAUCCGCUACAUGGACGUGGCGGGUCGCAAAACGUUAUUGACUUACUCUUUGAUGGGCAUGUGUGCUAGCUUUGCGACAUUGACAGCAAGCUUCUUGCUCAAGCCGGUUUUCCCUUACAUGGAUCAGCUGUCGAUCAUAGCGACCACCGGCAUUAUCGUAUGUUUUGCCUUUGGACCGGGCUGCAUUGCAUGGUUCAUCAUUGCCGAGAUGUUCCCGCUGAAGGGUCGAGAUUCCGCCAUGGCGGUCGGAAUUUUCAUAAACUGGGUGGCCAACUGGUUGGUAGCCCUGACCUUUCCUAUUCUGCUCAAAACCUGCCAUGGCUAUACCUUUCUCAUUUUUGUGGCCACGACGGCCUACUUUUGCUUCUUUGCGAGGGAAUAUGUCCCCGAAACCAAGGGACGGACUAUCCGAGAAGUGACGGAAGUUUUUCGUGACAUCCCUUUAUCAACCUGUUAAAGAGUGCAAAAGCGGUUCCUUCUGUAAUAGGAUAGGAUUGCAAUGAAAUUCAAAUUUGGAAAAUAGUUUUACACCUUGCCUUU